CGCGCCAGGCCGGACGGGAGUAAAGUGUCUGCUCCGCUGAGGUGGGAGAAGAGCCCAGAGCGAGAACGCGGGCACUGAGCGCGGUAGGUGGCGGAGCUACCGGCAGCUCCGCUCAGCUAUAUGAAAUAUGGGAGACGACAGACCGUUUGUGUGCAAUGCCCCGGGCUGUGGACAGAGAUUUACAAACGAGGACCACCUGGCGGUUCAUAAACACAAGCAUGAGAUGACAUUGAAAUUUGGCCCAGCCCGGACAGACUCAGUCAUCAUUGCAGAUCAGACCCCUACCCCUACCCGAUUCUUGAAGAAUUGUGAAGAGGUGGGACUCUUCAAUGAACUAGCCAGCUCCUUUGAGCAUGAGUUCAAGAAAGCUGCAGAUGAUGAUGAGAAAAAGCAGGCUGCUGGGCCCUUGGAUAUGUCCCUGCCCUCCACCCCAGAUGUCAGAAUCAAAGAGGAAGAGCCAGUGGAGGUAGACUCAUCCCCCUCUGAUAGCCCUGUCUCCAGUCCCCACUCCCCACCAGUAAAGAAGGAGGUCACCUCCAAGCCUGCUGUAAUCUCUACCCCCACACCCACCAUUGUUCGACCAGGAUCUCUGCCUCUCCAUCUGGGCUAUGAUCCACUUCACCCAACCCUCCCUUCCCCAACCUCUGUCAUCACACAGGCUCCACCUUCCAACAGGCAGCUGGGGUCUCCCACUGGCUCCCUCCCUCUUGUCAUGCACCUUGCUAAUGGACAGACCAUGCCUGUGCUGCCAGGGCCUCCAGUACAGAUGCCUUCUGUUAUAUCGCUGGCCAGACCCAUCUCCAUGGUCCCCAACAUUCCUGGUAUCCCCGGUCCACCAGUCAAUAGCAGUGGUUCAGUCUCUCCCUCUGGUCUGCCUUUACCUUCAGAAGCCAAGAUGAGACUAAAAGCCACUCUGACCCAUCAAGUCUCUUCCAUCAAUGGUGGUUGUGGAAUGGUGGUGGGCACUGCCAGCACUAUGGUGACCGCUCGCCCAGAACAGAGCCAGAUACUCACUCAGCACCCUGAUGCCCCAUCCCCUGCUCAGCCACAGGUCUCCCCAGCUCAGCCCACCCCUAGCACUGGGGGUCGGAGGCGACGCACAGUAGAUGAGGAUCCUGAUGAGCGACGACAGCGUUUCCUUGAACGCAAUCGUGCAGCAGCCUCUCGGUGCCGGCAGAAGCGCAAACUCUGGGUGUCCUCCUUGGAGAAGAAGGCAGAGGAACUCACGUCCCAGAAUAUCCAACUGAGUAAUGAAGUCACAUUACUGCGCAAUGAGGUAGCCCAGUUGAAACAGCUGCUGUUAGCACAUAAAGAUUGCCCUGUCACUGCACUACAAAAGAAGACCCAAGGGUACCUUGCAGAAAGCCCCAAGGAGAGCUCAGAACCAACGGGUUCCCCAGCUCCAGUGAUCCAGCACAGCUCAGCAACAGCUGCUAGCAAUGGCCUCAGCGUCCGCUCCGCCGCCGAAGCCGUUGCCACGUCAGUCCUCACUCAGAUGGCCAGCCAAAGGACAGAACUGAACAUGCCCAUACAGUCGCAUGUGAUCAUGACCCCACAGUCCCAGUCUGCGGGCAGAUGAUGCCUCCCCCAACGGAGAGGUCCCUGGCCAGAGCUCGCCCACCCAAAACCUGAGAGAGACAUCAUCCCUUCUCCUCCUACCUGCCUUGCACAUGGGAUGGCAGCAGGGAAAUUGUGUUUUAAGUGAGUAAAGGACAGUUAUGGAGCUAUUCUGUUCAUCUGCAUGGGUCAUACACAUCUGGCCUAUGUAUUCUAAGGGGCUUCUAGCCCCAAGCAUCCAGUCACUCCCACCUAACACCCCAAGGUGGUUUCUCAUCCUUUUGCAAAAAGUCUUCCUCAGUGGUGGAAAUAACACCUCUCCAAGCCCCGUGUAGUGUUCACAUGCCCAUCUGUUUAACACUAACCUGUCUGCCACCAGAUUGGGAGAUCCCUUCUACCCACCCAGCUGUAGCAGUCACUCUUUCAAGCCUGAGCAGCAUGCAGACGUCAGGCUGCCUGGAGAACAAGGGGAGGGCCCAACUGGAGCACAUUGUCCCAUCCAGCUCCUUUCCUGAGCUCAUGGCAUCUCUGGACCAAGAGCCCAGCUUGGUCCCCCAAAACCACCAGCGUCUUCCUUCUCCCAUCACUACCAGUUCAAACAUUUCUCUGUUAAGAGUCUUGGGGUUGCCCAAGUGGGCUUUCCUUUUCAUCUCCUCACUAAGCCCUGGCACCCUCAUUUUGUGGCCUUAAAUUGUUGUCUUACCUUGCAAUGGGAAGGGAGAGGAUUCUAGAGCUAAUUUCUUGUUUUCCCCCCAUACUUCAGCUCGAAUUGUUGGAACAUGAUGGAGCCAUAUAUGUCUGCAGAAGAUGCAAUUUAAAACUUCUUCCACAAAGUCCUUAAGAUAUUAGCUUCUCUAUCUUUUGCAGCAGCCAACUGGCCAAUUUGCAUGUGCCUGUCUGCAUCUCUGCUGAUUCCUCCCCCUCUCACUUCAUUCAUGUCCACAUGAUUCUCUCUAAUUCUCCUCCCAUAAAAAGCAGCCCAACUCCAUGUUUACAGAAAGCUGUGUUUUCUAAAUUGUUUCUCGUCCUUCCCCAUUUUUCAGCCUCACUUAUCCUCUGAAAUACCCACCAUACUCAGUUUCUACCUUCUGAUUCCAUCAUCAUCUGCCCAGGCCAGCUUCCUUCCCAGUCAUUGCCCAGCUCUGUCUGCCUUCCCUUCUCAGGGGCCCAGAGAAGCCGGGGCUGCUGUAGUUGCCUUGAGUACAGUACAGUGUUGUCCCAAGAGGGUACCGGCUGCUUAGGAAACCUCCUCCUUUCCCAGGUAGGAUUAGAUUGAGAGGAGGAAUCCCCUCCUUCCUCUGAGCCUCUUGUGUGACUUCUAGUCUUCCCUGCACUAACUAUGCAAUACUGCCUUGGGGCCAAAGGCAGCCCAGCAGCCGCCGCCUGCCGGCUUGGAACCCACUCACCUUGUCUUCAGAAGCAGCGGCUAUGGAGAGCCAGGAAGAUACUUGACACUUUCUUCUCAGAUAACACACAAACCAGGCCUCCAUUCAGGGGCCACAAUCUGCUCCUUUUUUGAACUUGCCCAGAAAUUUUUCAGGCCCAUAGCGGAGAAAGCCAACCCGCAGUAUGGAGAGGAAGAAGAGGAAAGCACCUUUCUCCUUUUCUCAUGGUCCUGGGGCCAAGGACCCUACCAGGACAAUGGCUGUGGGAGUCAGUGGCAGCCUCGGGCUCCUCAUCUCUCCUGACUCGGCCUUCGGCACAGCUCACCUGCACCGGCCCUUCAGCAAGGGCCUUUGAGGCCCUUUUUUCUACUUUGGGAUUUUGUUUUGUUUUUCUUCUUUCAGCUUAGCACUGACAGCCAUGGCUGCCUUUUAUGGCUCCUAAGGAGCUCCAUAGACCCUGUAUGGCUCCCCUUGAAAAAUGUUUUUAAAAUUGAGGAUUUUACCAAAGAAGAGGGAGUAGCUCCUUUCCUAUCUCCAUUUUGGAAGUUUGGAGGUAGAACAUUACUAGCCUUUCCCUCCCCCUAGGCUCAUCCCCAAAUUCUGGCAUCUGUACUUUAUCAGCUCAAGAAAAGCACAUGCAGAGUAGGGAACACCGAGGCCCCUCACAGCCUUCUGGUUCUUUCUGCUUCUUACCCUUCUCCCAGCAACCACCCCAGAAUUGGGGAGUGGGGAGCAGGAGUGGCUGCUUAUCCCAAAGCUUUCCCCUUAGCCUGUGGGAAUGCAUUUUGCCAUUGCAAUUGCUGUCAUCAUCUUAGCAAGAGGACCUGAGAUUGCCCCAAGUUUCCAUGACCAUCCAGGACAGGACCCCCACCCCAGACACCUGCCCCAGAAAAGGGCCACAGCACAACGGGUCACCAGAACUCAUUCCUGACACUUCAAAAAUCAUAGUGUAUGGAGCACUGGAGCCUUCCUUGCCCCACAAGAGGAGGAGAGCCUGGAGAGCAGUCCAAAGCAGGAGGGGCACCCUCGGACUGGGUCGCCAAGACAAGUCAGGCCUUAAUGUUUGCAACGGGAAUAGAUUCUGAGUGUCUGUAUCUCCAAAGGCUCUCCUAGCUCUUCCCACCAACCCCCCAGCACCUCCAUCACCAACACGUAACCUUUAACCCUUCAGCUCUAACAACAGCUUCACCCGGCAUUGGGGCGGCCAGCUGCUUCCACCUCCUCCCAUGCUAGUCUGUGUGACCUCUCCCUCUGGAAUUCUCCUCCCAGCAUUCCCCACCACCCAGCUCUAUGCCUGCCUUCUCUGCAAAGCAGCUGGCUGCUAGGAGUGACCCUUCCUCACGACCUCACCCGGGCUCUCUAGACAGACUUCAGUUCCCUACUUAGGACCUGUACUCCAGGGACUUAAUGAGGGUCUUCUUCAUACUCUUCUCUCCCUCCCCCCACCCUCCACACCCCCCCCCCAGUUCGAGACUGAGAGGCUCCCUAAAAAAAAACCAAAACAGCCUCCCAGGAAGCAACCUUAUUUGGGACUGCCUCUGACCCCACUCCCUCUACCCCAAUCUUACAAUGAUUUUCUAUUAAUAUUGUAUAUUGUAUACACCGGACGGAAAUGUUAUCUUUGUUAACCUCAUAACCUGAUUGUUUAGAAUUCAGGCUUCUGUAUUGCAUACAUAUGCCUUUGUUGAUGUGCUUGCUGCUUUCUUUGGAUAUCAUUUGUAUCCAAGAAAAUGUGGGGGAAUGGGAUGAGAAGCUAGGGCAGACUAGGACUGGUUUCUUUUUUGGGGGGGGGAUUAUUUUUGAGAUAAUCUUCCCUAGCUCCUCUGCUUUCUCCCCAACAGAAGCCAGGAAGUUCAGUGCGUGUCUGCCAGCCCCCAUUUCUACCUUGAGUCACUCAGUUCAGGCUUUUUGUUGAAGAUCCUAAUCCCAGAGUAGUGGAGAGGUGGCCUUGGUAGCUGGGGGGAGCGGGGAAGGGUGCUGCCCUGGUGCCUUCUUUAGUUGAUUGCUAUGAAAGCAAAUUUUAAAGCUCCAGUGAGUGGAAUGGCCAGCGGCCACACGAGACUUAAUUGACAUUAGCAUGAGGGAAAUUUGACUUCUUUUUUGGUUUGUUAAAACUAUUCCUAAUUCCUCAAACCCCUAACACUGUGAUAUUUUCACUCUAAAAGAACGUCAAGGUAGAAGAUUAUUCCCUUCCCCUCCCUUCAGCAGUGUUUAGUUAGGAUCAGGUGGGCUGUUCUGCAUCUCCCCAGAACACACAGAAAACAGCCUUUCAGGCUGAGGGACAAGGUAGAAAAUUGGGGAGUUUUAGUGCCUGUCUUGGAGGAAAGAAAUUGCAGUGUCCCAUUGUUGGAUCUCUCUGAAAGGAAACAGCGCAUAUCUAAAGACUAUAUCUCCAUACAUCUAUAUAUCUUUGACAUAUAACCAUUUUUUCCCAUCUAACCCCUUCUUCCCUAGACAAGGGGCUCUUCUCUGUUUCCAAGUUUCCCCUACCCUCAAAAGUGAGCUGCCAGGGGGGUGGGCUGUGCUGCCAGCUAUUUUAUUACAAAGAGAUUUCUUCCCUUCACCCUCCCCUCCUUAAAUCUGCAUGACAGAAAUACCCUGUGAGCAGGCUCUCACAAACUCCCAGGACGGGGACUGGGCAAAGACUUCACUCUGCUCCCCCCCCCCCAAAUUUCCUCUCCUUUGCCUCCUAGCUGUUUCCUCCUAGCCAUUGUUCCUCCCCCUCCUCCUCCCACAUAUAUUGUGCCUUAUUUAAUGCUGCAAAUAUAACAUUAAACUAUUAACAAGAGAAA